AUGGCGGCCUUAGGGGACGACCUGCUGCGGAUCGUGAACCAGCUGCAGGACCUGGUAUUUAACACUAUCGGCACGGAUUCUCUCGACUUGCCUCAGAUCGUCGUCGUCGGCUCCCAAUCUGCGGGCAAGUCUUCGGUGCUAGAAAAUAUUGUCGGCCGCGAUUUCCUGCCCCGAGGAAGCGGUAUCGUCACUCGCCGUCCCUUGAUUUUGCAAUUGAUCAACGUCGAGGAGGAUGAGACGGAACCGGACGCGCACGCUGCGUAUAGGAAUCCUACGCAAGCUCGCCGUUCCGAAUGGGCAGAAUUCCACCAUAUACCAGGUCGAAGAUUUACCGACUUCGGUGAUGUCAAGCGCGAAAUCGAAAACGAGACUGCUCGUGUCGCCGGCAGCAAUAAGGGCAUCAAUAGACAGCCCAUUAACCUGAAAAUAUACUCCCCCCAUGUUCUCAACUUGACUCUAGUUGAUCUGCCGGGACUCACCAAGGUUCCCAUUGGCGAUCAACCAGCCGAUAUCGAGAAACAGACUCGAACUCUCAUCUCGGAAUACAUUGCGAAGCCUAACAGCAUCAUUCUCGCUGUCUCGCCUGCGAAUGUGGACAUCGUUAACUCGGAGGCUCUAAAGCUUGCCCGGCAUGUCGAUCCUUUGGGCCGGCGGACCAUCGGGGUUCUUACCAAGGUGGACCUGAUGGACCACGGCACCAAUGCGUUGGAUAUCCUCUCCGGCCGAGUCUAUCCACUGAAGCUGGGCUUUAUCGGAGUCGUCAAUCGAUCUCAGCAGGAUAUCCAAGGCAACCGGCCUAUGGAGGAGGCCCUCAAAGCCGAGACGGAGUUUUUCCGGCAUCACCCCGCCUAUCGAAAUAUCUCCAUGCGUUGCGGGACGCAAUACCUAGCCAAGACCCUGAACCAGACCCUCAUGGCACAUAUCCGGGAGCGUCUACCGGACAUUAAGGCACGUCUCAACACCUUGAUGGGUCAGACCCAACAGGAGCUGGCGAGCUACGGCGAUAUGCAUUUUAGCGGGAAAGAACACCGAGGGUCCAUGAUCCUACAGCUCAUGACCCGAUUCGCCACCUCCUUCAUCUCGUCCAUCGAUGGCACCUCGACAGAAAUAUCGACCAAGGAGCUGUCUGGAGGUGCGCGAAUCUAUUACAUUUUUAAUUCGGUAUUUGGUAGUGCGUUGGAGUCGAUCGAUCCGACCUCCAAUCUCUCCACCUUGGACAUCAGAACCGCCAUUCGCAACUCAACCGGCCCCCGCCCAAGUCUGUUCGUGCCGGAAAUGGCCUUUGACCUCUUGGUCAAACCGCAGAUCAAGCUCUUGGAGCUUCCUAGCCAACGAUGCGUCGAGUUAGUCUACGAGGAGUUGAUUAAAAUAUGCCACACUUGCGGCUCAACCGAGCUCUCCAGGUAUCCGAGGCUCCAAGCCAAGCUGAUAGAAGUCGUAUCGGACCUCCUGAGAGAAAGGCUCGGACCAGCGUCGUCGUAUGUCGAGUCUCUCAUCGCUAUCCAGCGUGCAUACAUCAACACGAAUCAUCCGAAUUUUCUGGGGGCCGCUGCCGCCAUGAGUCACGUAGUCGGCAAUAAGCAAGAUCGUGAGAGGAAGAGGCUGAUACAAGAAGAACGUGAUCGGCGGGAAAAGAGACGGCUCAAGGAGCUUGGUGCGAACGGAACUGAGGCGCAGGAGGAAGAUGAAGAUGCCGCUCACGAUAGAGCUGACGGCCCUCAACCUCGGAAGCAGGGCGGGAUGGGUUCCCGAAGCAUGUCGCCCGCCGUCCGUGAAAACGGGAACGCGAGUAUAGCCGUCGCCAUGAAUGGUGGACGCCCAGGCUCACCCAACCGAUUCAACCCCCAAGCGAUCGGAACCGCUCGGGAUUCGUUUCUGAAUUAUUUUUUCGGCAAGGACGGUCCGUUACCGCCCCAAGGUGCAGGCCUCCCUUCUUCCCUCCCGCGUCACGUUAGCCAGGGCGCGGAGCCCACUUUCAGUCAAAGCAUCCGACGGGGCGAAGAUAGAUUAGCUCACAGACCUGUAUUGCCUUCCUCGUUGUCGCGUGAGGAGGAAAGCCCCAAAGCUGCCGGCUUCGGUCUUGGGCCGCAAUCUGGUGAUGGCGUGGAGCCAGCAUUGAGCGAACGCGAAGCUAUGGAGACGGAGCUUAUCCGGGCACUGAUAUCCUCGUAUUUCAACAUCGUCAGAGAAUCUAUCGCCGACCAAGUCCCCAAGGCGGUUAUGCACCUACUCGUCAACCACUGUAAAGACGGGGUCCAGAACCGGCUGGUGAGCGAUCUCUACAAGGAGACGCUCUUUGAAGAGCUUCUCUACGAAGAUGAUGGCGUGAAGAAGGAGCGCGAGAAGUGUGAAAAGCUAUUGCAAACGUACCGGGAGGCGGCCAAAAUUAUCGGCGAAGUCUUAUAA